UGCAAACAAAUCAGUAUAUUGCUCGUUCUAGCUGUGAUAGGUCGUUUAUAUUGUAUCAUUAUGGUUGUAGCAUGCGUAAGGAAAUUAUUAAAUAAAUGUGGCAAAACCGGUACGCGGUGCAUGUCGCAUUAUCCUAUAGAUGAAUAUGUUUUCGGUCUCUCUACAGAACAGCAACAGCUCCGAAAAUUAGUGUUUGACUUUGUACAAAAAGAAUUAGCUCCAAAAGCCGCUGAUAUAGACAGAGAAAACAAUUUCAAGGAGUUAAGGAGCUUCUGGCAGAAACUUGGACAACUGGGACUACUAGGUAUAACAGCGAGUCCAGAGUAUGGAGGCACAGGUGGAAAGUAUUUGGACCACUGCAUCAUUAUGGAAGAAAUGUCAAGGGCAUCUGGUAGCAUCGCAUUAUCUUACGGCGCACAUUCCAACCUGUGUGUAAAUCAAAUCAAUAGAAAUGGAACACCUGAACAGAAGAGCAAAUAUUUACCAAAGUUGUGCUCGGGAGAACACAUUGGUGCACUGGCGAUGUCGGAGCCAGGAUCUGGAAGCGACGUGGUCUCUAUGAAAUUGCGCGCUGAGAAAAAAGGGGACUAUUAUGUGUUGAAUGGAAACAAGUUCUGGAUCACUAAUGCUCCAGAUGCUGACGUUUUAGUGGUAUACGCAAAAACAGACGUGACAGCCAAGCCGCAACAUGGAAUAACGGCUUUUAUAAUAGAGAAGGAUUUCCCUGGAUUUUCAACUGCACAGAAACUUGACAAGCUCGGCAUGAGAGGGUCUAAUACUGCAGAGUUGGUGUUUGAAGAUUGUAAGGUUCCAGUGACCAAUAUACUCGGGCAAGAAAAUAAAGGUGUGUACGUUUUGAUGUCGGGCUUAGACUUGGAACGUUUGGUGCUUGCCGGCGGUCCCGUGGGACUGAUGCAGGCGGCUAUCGAUACUGCCUUUGAGUAUGCACACACUAGGAAACAGUUUGGACAGUAUAUUGGAGAAUUCCAAUUAUUACAGGGUAAAAUGGCCGACAUGUAUACAACAUUAAGUGCAUGCCGCAGUUACUUGUACAAUGUUGCGAAAGCUUGCGACGGUGGUCACAUCAACAGUAAAGACUGCGCCGGCGUGAUACUGUACUGCGCAGAGAAAGCCACGUCCGUCGCUCUGGACGCGAUUCAGAUUUUAGGUGGUAAUGGCUACAUCAAUGACUACCCAACAGGAAGAAUACUUAGGGAUGCCAAAUUGUAUGAAAUUGGUGCUGGUACAUCUGAAGUACGGAGAAUGUUGAUUGGAAGAGCUCUAAAUAAUGAAUAUAAAUAAAUAGAAGAUAACUUCUGAGUUUUUAUUGCUCUUGAAUCUCACUGAGGAGAGAUAAAUACAUUAUUUUUAUACAUUAUAUAUUUCAAUUUUCAUUAUUAAGUUGAUAAUAUACAAUUUAAUAAAUUAUUUAGUUUGAAUUGGCUGUGCCUACUUAAUUAUUUUUUAUUUUAAUAAAAAUAUUGCAAUUAA